GAGCAGACGGAAAGUUACAUCGCUCUGUCUUUGAAUUAUAUUUAAAAUAAAACCCUUGAACAUUGUAAACAAAGAAUCGUUUAUGUGGAAAAAUUAAGUUUCGGCAAUGCCACCAACAAUCGGAGAAGAUGCAAGCGUUUCUCAUGGAGUCUCAGGCAUUGGAGCAGAGAUUUCUGCUACCCUGGAAGAAAGGAUCAUGAUAUUUGAUGGAGCUAUGGGGACAAUGAUACAGAAAAACAGACUGGAAGAGGAGGAUUUCAGGGGAGAGCUAUUUAAAGAUCAUCCCAAAAACUUAAAAGGCAACAAUGAUCUCCUUAGCCUUACUAGACCAGAUGUUAUUAUGAAGAUCCACAAGGAGUAUCUAGAAGCAGGAGCUGACUUUGUAGAAACCAACACAUUCAGUGGGACCUGGGUAGCCCAGGCUGACUAUGGACUGGAGCAUUUGGCAUACAGGAUAAAUCUUGAGUCUGCCAAGCUUGCACGCAGAGCUGCAGAUGAAGUGACAGCCCAGACAGGUGUCCGUAGAUAUGUGGCUGGAGCCUUGGGACCAACCAAUAGAACAUUGUCCAUAUCUCCUUCUGUUGAAAAACCAGAGUACAGAAACAUAACCUUUGAUGAGUUGGUGACAGCGUACACAGAGCAAGCCAAGGGGUUACUGGACGGGGGCGCUGAUGUCCUUUUAGUUGAAACAAUAUUUGACACUGCAAAUUCUAAGGCAGCUUUGUUUGCAAUUGAGACAUUGUUUGAAAAAGACUACAAACCUGUUCCUAUAUUUAUAUCUGGCACCAUAGUUGACAAGAGUGGAAGGACGCUGUCAGGACAGACAACGGAGGCAUUUGUCAUUAGUGUGUCCCACUCUAAUCCUAUGUG